AUGGGUUGGCGCAAACCAAAAUUCGGUAUCAACUGGAGCAACACUCUAACGCACGACGAUGCAAAUUUACUGUUCCAUGCUGACGAAGAUUUUCUUACAUUCUUUCAAGAAAACCAGAAAAAGCUUGAGAAUUCUUUUAUUAUACUCGUUGGAGAUCAUGGAAUGCGAUUCGGAUCGGUAUCUCAGACAACGCUUGGAAAACGAGAGAUCAAGAAUCCGCUUCUGCAAAUCACCGUGCCAAAGUUUUUGCGUGAAAACAAAGAGUUGAUGAGAAAUCUCUACGAAAACGCGCAGCGCCUUGUCACUCACUACGACAUUUACGCGACUUUGAACGAUAUUUUGAAUUUUGGUCUCCCAUCCAAUUUCACUGAUUUCUCCGAGAAAGAAGUCCUCGAGAAAAACGAGAAUAACGGGACCUCUCUGUUGAGGCCGUUCAGUGAGAAAUAUCAGAAAAGAACGUGUCGAAAUAUCCCAAUCGACACUUCAUAUUGUCUCUGUGAAUAUGAAAAAAAAGAGAUUACUGACAAAAAGCUGGGGAAAGCCGCUGGAGCACGAUUC